AUUAGGGUUUCUUCACUUCAGUGCCUCACUCUUUCUUCUUCAUCGUAUAUCUCAAUCCUCCUUACUCCAUCAUUAUUGUUACAGUUUCAUGGUUUCAUGGAUGACGAUAACCUUUUUGUGCCGGUCAAUGCCGCACUGGGAAUGGAUGAGGAUGACGGCGCAGCCGGCCCGGGAGAAGUCAUCGACCCCCGAGAGUGCCGGUGAUAGUGGCAGUGAGGGUGACAGUGAUAAUGGCAGUGAGAGUGAUGAGAGCGAUGGCGGCGACGCCGUUGAAGCCGCCGCUGCCGCCUUAGCCGCUGAAGUCGCUGCCGGAGGGCGAGCUAGCUUGAAUUACUUCGCUCUGGUCACCGUCAUCAUCACCGGCACCACCCGCGUUGCAACCUCCGCCAGAGGCGCCUCCGCCACCGCCCGCGGCGCCGCCUCCACCCGUGCCGUUUCCCUCAUCAACGUUGCUGUCUCCUUCGUCGUCACCAUCGUCGACAUCCAUGUCGUCUCCGUCGCCGCCUUCAUCGUCUCCGUCGCCGCCUUCGUCGACGGCCCCAGCGGGGACGGUGGCGGGGGCGGGGACGACGAAGGCGGGGAUGCAGACGACCGACCAAGGCGGCAAUGGCAACGACAUGGAUGUCGAUGGUGAUGACGAAGGAGACAGCGACGUUGAUGAGGGAGACGGCGCCGGUGGAGGCGGCGCCGCGGGCGGUGGCGGAGGCGCCUCUGGCGGAGGUUGCGAAGCGGGUGGUGCCGGUGAUGAUGACGGUGACCGGAGCGAAGUAAUUCAAGCUAGCUCGCCCUCUUACUCCUCCUCCUCGUUAAUCAGCUGGAGAGAGGUGUAGGUGUACUUUUGGAUGGUUUUGCGAGGUUGGAUUCGCGUAUUUCAAGUGUUGGCCAGAGAGCUGCGAAGAUUGGGGAUCAUCUCCAGGAUUUACUUGCUAUAUGAGUUGGAAGUUCUGCCUGUGAUUCUCUGCCAUCACUUGAAGCAGAACUGGACUAUUUCUUCUUUUUUGCUGUUUGUUGCAGUAGUAUGUUCGGAAGAAUGGCCAAUGUCUUUGUUGUUGCUCAAGAGGCUUGCAAAUUUGUUUGAGGGUACACUUCGCAUUCGCAAAGGUGUACAGAGUAAAUCUGACGAUAAUUUUAUGGUAAAUUUGAAAUGCGAGCCCUUUUCCCCUUCCCUUCAAAUCCACUCUCUCCCUCUCCUCCAUUGAAGGUGGCCGCUGCAAACCUCCUCUGUUGCCGCCGCAACCGCUCCACUGUUGCUGCCGCAGUGUAGAACUUGGCCGCCGUUGUUGUGGGAGACUCAGAGCACAGCUCUGCCGCAUCUCCACCGACCGCCUCCGCUGUCCUGUCACCGUUGGAAGUCACCACUGUGCGGCCAUGGUCACCGCCGAGGACCACCGCAUCUAGAGAUGAGCAGUUUCUCCAUUUGCUUUACUUUUAUUAAAUGUUUAUCUAAAUUUUUUUUAUGAAAUAUGUAAUUAGGGUUAUGUUGUAUUGUUUGUUAGAUUAAUUUAGUUUUAUUAAGAAUUAAAUAAGGUUAGGUAAAUUUGUGAAUUAAGAUAAUUAUUUAGAUAAAUUAGCUUUUUCUAUUUAGGGUUUUAUUAAAAAUUUUAUCAAAAUUUUUCAUUAAAUAAGGUUGGUUUAGUUUAAGGUUGAAGUUAGAAUAAUUUUGGGUUGAAUUUAGAUAAAGUAAGUUUUUAGGGUUUUGGGUUAAGGUUAAGCAGUAAAUUAUGUAGAUUUACAGUUUACAAUUUAUGGGAUUAGUUUAAGGUAAUUAUCUUCAUUUGAUUUUUAUUAGUAUUUUUAAAAAUGUUAUUAAUUUUUUAUUAUUAAUUUUUAUCAAUUUUUACUUAUUACUAACUUCGUUUCUGUUUUAGGAUUUUCUUUGUUUCUGAACGUUGUGUAGCCUUAUUGUGGGUUGUUCGUGCUCCUUAUAUACGUGGGUUGUUCGUGCAAUAUCGAAGUUGGUUUUCUUUCUCUAGAUAUGUUAAAUUGUUUAAGUUUUCUUUCUAGGAUAGGGUUUUAGGACUGAAGAGGGAGAAAGUUGCCUAGUGCUGAAUUUUUAUUAAAAUUGUUUAAAGAUAUGUUUGGUUGUAACAGUUGAAAAUUAUAUUUGGUGGAGAUCGCUAAUUAUAGUUGAAACUUUACCGAAAUUUCCAAAAAUUUAAAAAAGAUGUAUUGGUUGUUUGUAUGCUUGCAAUUGUUUUUAAACUGUGAAAAUUGAAAAAAAAUUUGG